GAGAGAGAGAGGGAGAGAGAGGGAGAGGGGGGGAGUAACGUGGGUUUCCGUCCUCUCUCCAGCAGCACCUGUGUAACCGGAGAACAAGCCGCGGCGGCCGCUUCGCUUCCAGCCGAACAGCUUCUGUGUUUCCGCUGCGGUUCGGUUCGGGUCGGUUCGGCUCGGUGAGGAUUUCCUGCCGGAGCGGCUGCGGUGCCCCCCCCCCUCUCUCUCUCUCCGCGGGGAAACACACUUGUCGCAGCGGGCGGCUCGCCGCGGGAUCAGUUCGGGGACCGGAAGACUCCGGCGGGGAGCCCCGGAGGGCAGCAUGCCUGCGCCGGAUCUGUGUCAGCUCCGUGUCCGGGUCUGGAGCGCGGGAUUAUCCUGAUGCAUGCUGGACUUGUUGCUGCUGGAGGAAAUACACGCUGUGUGGAGGGAAAACACCACCGACACAGCGGGGAGAUAAUUCACCGACAAACCGGAUUUUAACGGAUUUCAUGAGCAAACGGAAGCUUCUGAAGAGUUUGUUCGGCGUCUUCUGGCUGUUUGCUGCUUUUACGCGUCCAAACAAACAGCCACCGACCGCUGCUGCGGACUGACUGACACCGCGUGCGGAUUGGUGCGUUCUUCGCGGUUUUACGCAGCGAUUUCGUGCGUAAAACCCUCUGUUUUCCCGGAGAAACUCGGUGGAUUGUUGCCUGGCGCUCCGGCUUCUCUCCCCAGAUGCCCUCUCGCGCCCCUGUCGCUCCGUGAAUCCCCCUAACGAGCCUCCGUAGAGAAUCAGGACCGAGCUCCAGGACCAGCAUGGCAGCAGGGGUGGCGGCGUGGCUGCCGUUCGCGCGCGCGGCGGCCAUCGGGUGGAUGCCGGUGGCCGGGGCGCCCAUGCCGGUGCCCCCGAAGAACAAGCACCGCGGGAGGGACGGGCUCAUCAUGCUGAACGUGAGCGGCACAAAGUUUCAGACCUGGCGGGACACUCUGGACCGGUACCCGGACACCCUGCUGGGCAGCACGGAGCUGGACUUCUUCUUCCACGAGGAGACCAACGAGUACUUCUUCGACCGCGACCCGGACAUCUUCCGCCACAUCCUCAACUUCUACCGCACCGGGAAGCUGCACUACCCGCGGCAGGAGUGCAUCUCCGCGUACGACGAGGAGCUGGCGUUCUUCGGCAUCAUCCCGGAGAUCAUCGGGGACUGCUGCUAUGAGGACUACAAGGACCGGCGGCGGGAGAACCAGGAGCGGAUCCAGGACGACGAGGAGAUGAACCAGACCAACGACCUGGUCUCUGUGGAGCUGAGCUUCCGGGAGACCAUGUGGCGCGCCUUUGAGAACCCGCACACCUCCACCAUGGCGCUGGUCUUCUACUAUGUCACCGGCUUCUUCAUCGCGGUGUCGGUGCUCGCCAACGUGGUGGAGACGGUCCCGUGCGGCCUCGCGCCGAACCGCGCCAAGGAGGUGUCGUGCGGUGAGCGGUACGCGCUGGCCUUCUUCUGCCUGGACACCGCGUGCGUCAUGAUCUUCACGGUGGAGUACCUGCUGCGCCUGCUCGUGGCGCCGAGCCGCUACAAGUUCGUGAAGAGCGUCAUGAGCGUCAUCGACGUGGUGGCCAUCAUGCCGUACUACAUCGGCCUCGUCAUGACGGACAACGAGGACGUGAGCGGCGCCUUCGUUACUCUGCGCGUCUUCAGGGUGUUUCGGAUUUUCAAAUUCUCGCGGCACUCUGCGGGACUUCGCAUCCUGGGCUACACUCUGAAGAGCUGCGCGUCGGAGCUGGGCUUCCUGCUCUUCUCCCUCACCAUGGCCAUCAUCAUCUUCGCCACCGUCAUGUUCUACGCGGAGAAGGGAUCCACCGCCAGCAAGUUCACCAGCAUCCCGGCCGCCUUCUGGUACACCAUCGUCACCAUGACAACGCUGGGAUACGGCGACAUGGUACCGAAGACCAUCAUGGGGAAGAUCUUCGGCUCCGUCUGCUCUCUGAGCGGCGUGUUGGUCAUCGCUCUGCCGGUUCCCGUCAUCGUCUCCAACUUCAGCCGAAUCUACCACCAGAGCCAGAGAGCCGAGAAGAGACGGGCGCAGAAGAAAACCAGGCUUGCUAGAAUUCGCGCGGUGAAGAGCGGAGGGGCUAACGCUUAUUUGCAGUACAAACACAGCCGGCUGCUGAUUGACCUAGAUGAGGCGUCCAAGGAAGCAGGACAGGCGCUGGUGUGUAAGACCAACCCCAAGUUCGAGGUGCAUCAUCAUCACCUUCUGCACUGUCUGGAGAAGACUACGAACCACGAGUUUGUGGAUGAGAAGACAUACGAGGCGAGCUGCAGGGAGUUAACUCUGGUGAAGCAGGUGUCUCGCUCUUCCUCCGUCUCCUCCUCUUCCUCACCUCAUAGCUUCACCUCCUGCUGCACCCGCAGGAAGAGGAAGACCUUCAACGUCCCCAACUCCAACAUGUCUGUGGGUCUCCAGGGCAGCGUCCAGGAGCUGAGCACCAUCCAGAUCAGAGAGAGACCGCUCACCAAUAGUCGUUCCAGUCGAUCCAGUCUGAAUGCCAAAUAUGAGGAGACGAUUCCUCUGAACUGUGACCAGCCGUACAUCACUGCUGCCAUCAUCAGCAUGCCCUCACCACCCGGCCCCACGCCUGAAGGCAACGACUCAGCCAGCUCCACCAACUACUCCCAGGCCAACAUCGUCCGGGUGUCCGCACUCUAGAUAAUACCAUCCCCCUCCGGCACAGAAACACAACCCACCCAGCAGGAAGACGACGGGGGGUCAGGGGUCGAUGGCCCCGCACCACAACAGACUCAGAGGGCGGGGGUUUGGAUCUCGAGUCCAUGAUAGAAGUGACGGGUUAGCAAACCUCUCAUGGAGGAAAACGUCAUUCUGUACUCACUAAAACUCAGCUAACCCCGCCUUGGAUUGCAAUUGUUUUAUUUCGUCUUCUAGGAAGGAUUUUUAUUCCAGCAGUCAAACUUCAGAAAAGAGAAAAUAGUAGCACUUUGGCUGAUGACUGAUCUCUAGCUGAGAGAAAUUUAAAUCAUCACCAUUGCUAUUUUUCCAAUCCUGUAUGUCUUUAAAUUUGAUGUCUUACAACACAAAGAAAGCUGAUGCUAACGGAGAUUUCUUAAUCUUGAAUGCAGUUUAAAGGAAAUGUCUGACAUUUUGGGAACAACACUUUUCUGGUAACAUCUUACGAGAGUUAGAUGAGAAAAUAGAAGUUUCAGAUGUGUUUAGUCUAGCGUAGCACAAAGGCUGGAACCAGGGGGAAACUGCUAGCCUAGCUCCAUCAAAAGAGAAAAAAUUCACCUUCCAACAACUCCAAGUCUGCGUUAUUUACAAGUUGUAUCUUGUUAGCUAAGAAGCUAGGCACCAAUCCAAUCAAGAGUCAGUUGGGUUUAGUUGACUGGAGCUAGGAGUUAAGGCCUAGAGGCUAACUCUGAACUAACUGGACCUUAAAGCUAACUUGAUUCAUGGCUUUGCCUUAAACUUUACAAAUCGCUAGCGUUAAAGAAAAUUAUCUAGUACUGAAAUGACAAAUGACCUCUGCUAAGCCAUAAAGGGAAAACAAUUAAUUUAUGUCAUUACAUAAAGGAACUUUUUUGAAAAGUCCUCAGAUUUGUUAUCUGUUGAAAGAGUUAGACUAACAGUCUUCCAGAGCUAACUGCUCCUAAAACCACAAGGUCUCAGUUUCUAUUUCUACUUGUGUGAAAUAAACAAGAUAAAACAAGACAGUUUUGAAGUUGUUGGUAGGUAUUUUUUCUGUCCUAACAUUAGCUUUCACUUAGCUAGGCUAGCAGUCUUCUCAUCUGUCUCUAUUUAUAUUAGAAAAUCAGAGUUGUCGUACUUUGUGUCGCGGUCCUGGACAGCUUCUCAUUGAAAUUUCAGUUCAUCAGGUGCUCAAAAGAUUCAUUAUGGGAAGGUUGUUGAAAAUAGGAACUCACCAUGUGGUUGGCAAUCUUCCUAAUUACUCUUUUAGGGUGGAAACAAACAAAAAAACAACAUAAACCGGGUGUCAGAUAGUCCGGAAGCAAUAUUGCAGUACUGCUAGUGAAUCAAACUGUAGUCUUGUUUAUACAUAAAUGAAAUGUUUCUGUUACAUCAUUGGCUAUCUGACUGGCCGUGUAUUUUCUCCUAAAAGUCACUUAGAAAACUGCCUACUAUUCAGUGAGUUCGUAUUUUCAACAUUCAUCCCGUAAUGAGUUUUCAGGACCCCUGGGUAACGGAAAUGUCCAAGUUAUAGGAGACCUUCACCAUCGGGGACCACAGCAGUCCGUACUUUACUCUGUGGCUUGGUCACAUAGUGUUUACUAUGCAAACCUUAAGGGGAAAAUCCAUUAUUUUCUUACCUUUAAUCCAGCAGCAGGUUACAUUUUCACGUAUUUGAACGUAUUUGAUCUACAGUCUUAAAGAGUCUUAAAAUGUUUAAUUGGGCCGAAACCAACUGUUUCUGAAACGCUAUGAGCAGCUACAGCUACUACUGUAUUUUAUAAUACAUACAAAGAUAACCCAAUAUGUAUACAUUUGUUUCAUAUUUUAAUUCAUUUAAAAUUGGGACUAUUUGACUAUUUUUAAGCCAACAAAGGCUAAAGAAAAGCAUUUUUAUUCCUGGUAGUGUGGUGAAGGCUUUUAAAGAAAAUAUAACUGAACAGCAAACUUAAAGAAUAAAAUAUGCAAUUAAAGUUUUUUUAGAUGGGGUAUAUUGGGAGGUCUUGGACUAUGUUUUAUUCUUUUAUUCUUUUUUAUUUGACUUUAUUUGAUUUCAUUAAGUUUUAUUAUUAUCAAUUUUUAAAUUAGAUUCGAUUAUAUUCGUAUUUAGUACUUAUUUUACUAUUUAUUAUUGUUAUUUAUUAAUUUACUUAUUUUUAUUUAUAAUUUGUUAUAUGUAUUCAUAUUUGUAUUGAUCUUACUAAUUUUCCUUUGACCUUAGUAAUUGAAUCCUGGCUACAGCGCUGGACAUGUGACCAAAUCACGGAGUAACAAACGGAGUGCUGAGGUCACAAAUCGAGCGCGAGAGUGUGAGUUCUGGAUCAGGGCUACGUAACAUGGCUAACAAACGUCUUUCUGAAAAAUGAGGAGCUUUUCCUUUAAUUCGCUGAUUUAGUGGAGGAGGUUUUGUAUUUGCAGCUCUGACGUAGAAGGAGAGGACGAGGAAAACCUCUCAGCAUGUUCAGUAUCUGUGUGUGUGUGUGUUUGAGUGCAUGGAUCAGUGUGUUUCCAUGUGUGUCGGGACGUUCCUCUGCAUGCCGAUGUGACCGAAUGCGUGCGUGACCCCACUGCUGCCGUUUCAUCGGUUUUCAUCCAUUGGAGCAGGCCGGGGUCUGGGCCCGGCUCUGUAUAUACUAGUUUUUUACCUGAUUUCUGUCAGAGCUGACUGCAGAAACACGAACACAUCGUGAAAAAAACGUUGAUGUCAAUUUGUGAUAAGAAAAAUGUUUGCAAAAUGUUUUUGUCUUUGCACCGGAGCAUUUGUCUUUGUUGUCUUGCUUGCAGAUGUAUUUAACGCCCCUCGCUGCCUAAUGUUGUUUUUCUUUUCUUGAUGUACUCCACCCAGGGUUAAAGCACUGCGUCGGGCAGAUAUUACGUUUUUAUGACACCACAAGUUGGCAGAACUGAUUUCAGGGAGAUUCGAGGAUGUUCAGGGGAGAUUUACAUUACUGAGACUGUACUGUAUUUAAAUGCAUAUAACUAUUAUAACUACUCUUAUUGCAACAAUAACCCCCUUAAAACAUAAAAUGUACUGAAGUCAACCUCCCUCCGCCCAAUUCUCCCCAUAAAAGAAAGCAGGAUAGAUGCUGUUAGCAGCUUCUUCGUUUUAGAUCUUAUAAGCUGUUUCAACUUUUAUUUCGUGAGUUAGCCAAACUACAAAAUUAACAGUGGGCUGUUUAAGAGAGAAAUUACACUUGUUUUUACUGUCAGUCUGUUGGUCGCUGAAUUAUAUUUAUUAUAGCGUUAGCUGCCUGUGCACAUCGUUUUCCAGCCCCGUACGUUGUAGUUGGAUAGCAAUCAAGUACUGAUCGUACUGAGCGACAAAUAAAGCAGAUGGUAAAUAAUAGUGUGAGUUCCCCAGUGAGACUUUUAAGCACAUAAAAUCAGUGUUUUUAUCACUUUAAAUAGGAUCUCUGUACAUUCAGAGCUGAGCAGCAGCUUGUCCUGUCAGUCUGUGAAUUAAUAACGUUAGCUAACGCUAGCUAACAUAGCAUUAGCUCAGCAGCUAAAGGAGAAAGUGCUUCAACCAUGGAUGUAUUAAGAGAACUGGAUACAGCGUCGGAGGCGGGGCCUCGUUCAUUCCUAUGAAAGCGUCUCAGUGGCGCAUGAAGCCAGAAAAGAUCUAAGUCAGCACGUGGUUAGCCUAGCUUUGCGCUUGUUCGUCCCUCUCUCUAAAACCACAGAGCUAGGCUAGCUGCUAGCAGAGCUAGAGCUAGGCUAGCUGUUUCCCCCGGCGUCCAGUCCUUAUGCUAAACUAUAGGCUAGCAUAAAAAUCCCCCUCUUGGAAAGAAAGUGAAUCAGAAUCAGUAAGCUAAUAUCUUCAAAUUCUCCUCUAUGUCCUAUAACGAACACGACAACACCAAAGUCUGUUAAUAUUUCGGUGAAUAUUUUAGAUGCACAACGUCGUCGACCCAUCUCGUGUUCACGAGAUAAUAAUUUGUGUGUAUAAGUUGUUAUCUAGUCCGAACAAGUUAAAAAAUACAGUAUUUCAGGAUUUCAGGGUGCUAUAUUUCAGACUGUGUGUGAUUUGCAGGUCAAAAGCCAUCUGUGUAUCCAGGUUACACUGGACCUAAAUUUGGUUUUUCUAAAGUCUAGGUUACAUUAAACAUGACAUGACUCACUGACUAUAUUUCAUGCAGUUAGGACUUGUUUCACACUGAAAUAUAGUUACUGAAAGAAAACAUUCAGUAGUUUGGGUUCCAGUGUCGAGUUUGGUUGUCUCCUGACAAACGAGGAAACACUAAAUACUUGUCAUAUUUGGUAUGAAAAUGGUCAAAUAUGGAUAUUGUGUGUCCUCUCUCAGAAACGUCAGCACUGACACCAGUCUGUGGUGAGCAGAGUGAACUCGAGGCGACUCUGCUCUCCUUAAAACACAUACUGUGACCGUCUGCCCACACCUGUUCAGUUCUGGGUGGAUUAUAUGAAGAUGUUCAGACCUGGUGGACGUUUCUGCCCCGCAGUUGGACUUAACGUUUGUUGGGGGAAAGAGCACAGCGGAUACGUUUGUGUGAUCUGUAUUUGGAUUUUGGCUCUUUUUUCCUUCAAACAUUCGUGGACGACUGAAAUCAAUUCAGCACUGAUGCAAAUAUAUUCGAAAAGGUUUUAACGACUGAUAUCUCUUCGCGCUGGAAUUUCAUCUUGAACUUGAUUAAACACAGAUUGACUUCUUUGUUGUUUAUUUUUGAAGACGACAAACGUUGGCCCACAUUUCGGAGUGAAACUGCAAAUGGCCACCCCUGCUCGCAGCCCCGAAAUUAACCCCCCUGUCAUCCAUCUCCGCUUGACUAUAAUGCGACAUAUGCAACCUUCUUUGGUUUGUUCUCUUGUUUUGGUUUCGUAAAGAUACCUUAUACUUUGAAUUUAGGGAUGAGGGGAAAAAAUGAUAGAAACAUAUUUUUGAGGAUCAUAUUGUUGAUUUUUGCUUGUAAAAGAAAGAAAUAAGGAUUGUAAUUAUUAUUACUGUUGCUAGUGCACAUGUGCUGUAAUUGUUCUUUAUGGUGUAGUAAAUCAUGCCAUUUUCUAGUAAUUUCCAUAAUAAGUUGUGUGUCUUAUGUUCAGUUAAUGUUCCACAUGAUAUUUUUCUAAAGCGUUCCCGAUACAGCAUGCAUGCGUUUGGAUCAGCCGCCAUGUCGGAGGGAGGAAGCGAUAAAAGGAUUUAUUGUAAAUUGAAGAAAUUCUGAGGAUGAUUAUGGUAAUUAGUACUUUUGAUUUGUUACAGCUUGUGUUAUAUUGAUAAAAUAUGAAUUAUUGAGGAUAAUAUUAAAAAAAGAGAAGCUUCCAUGGUUUUAGUCCGGUGCAGUGUCUGAGUAAAUAGAAUAAAACAUUGUCCUAUUAAAACACUCGA